AACUUCUUCAGAAGUUGAACGAUUCUAGUUAUUAUUAUUAUUGCUUUUUCUUGUAAGUCUGUCCUUCCCAAUUUGUUCAAAGUCGUUAGAUGCAAUUUACUUAACUUUGUGUAAUCCUGUAUACACACACACACACACAAAAUCGUAAGUGGCAGUAGUAACAUUGUACACUCCCUGAAAGUAUCUACCACUGUAUUGUAAUGCUAUUACUAAAAAAAAAAAAAAAAAAGAAGCCUGAAAGUCUAAACAUAGGCUUCGAGCACGAAGUCCAGAAAAGGCAGGUUCUGAGUCCAGAAAAGGCAAUAAUGAGUCUGGAUAACCCUUGGCUCUUGCUACCAUCUAACACCUGUAGGGGAAGACAUCGGUACUCACUCAAGAACAGUUGGAGAGUAUGAGAAUGAAUACAUUGAGCAAUUGUUUUCCCUUGAGACGCGAGUGCCAGUCUUGCUAUGUUAAUGAGCGCCCCUCUCAGCCAAUCGCGAUGCUGCUUGCGCUGUUUUGCCACAUGAAUCACCCGGAGAGGGAGCCGAUCUGUGAGGAGCAGCAGCCCGUGGCUUUAGUCUUUUGUGUAUUCUGUUCCGGCUGCGGUUGAGCUGUUCGCCUCGGAGGUGGGAAGCCGAGGGCUAAAAUAAUGCGUUGUUUUCUACUUUUCUACUGCUGGCCUCCCACUACCUCCAGCCGAUGAAUCGCUCCUCGGUUUUAAAUGGGCGGACCAGCAUGAAUUCCCAAUUUUACGCGUUGGCGAUGGACCUUGGUGUUUGUCAGCUAAGGAAUUUCUCGAUUUCAUUUCUUUCCUCUGUGCUUGGAAAAGAAAGUACAGCAGUCGCAAUUGACAAUAGCUCUUCGGGUGCCAGCGUGGUUGCCAUCGACAACAAGAUCGAGCAGGCAAUGGACUUGGUGAAGAGCCACUUGAUGUACGCUGUUCGCGAGGAGGUGGAAGUCCUAAAGGAGCAGAUUAAAGAGCUGAUAGAGCGAAACACUCAGCUGGAGCAGGAGAAUAACCUGCUGAAGACACUGGCCAGCCCCGAGCAGAUGGCUCAGUUCCAGGCACAGGUCCAGACCGCUGGUUCCCCAACCGGUGCCACCCAGCCUGCGGUCCUAUCUGGUCCCACACAGGUCCUCCCCUCCACACAGAACUCCAGUACAUCAGCAUAACUAAGAAUUAAGGAUUAUGGACAGGGGUAAUGGAAGACGGAAGAUGAGGAGUACUGACUUACUGUGAAUGGACAAUUGCAUUAAAAACACUGGGCCUGUCAUCAUUUGGAGGCUUAACCAGAAAAAAUAUUUUCUUUUGUUGCACAUUUAAAUGAAAACCUUUUGGAGUUGCAGCUGAGUGAGUGUAUCUGAAUGUGUGUGCGCGUGUCCCCAUUUUGUCUUUUACUGCCCUCUUCAGUUGUCUUUGUCCUUGGUUAUAAAGAAAUCUGCCCAUUUUAUAAAGUACAUGUGAAACGAUGGUUUAAAUGUGGUGUAAACAAGGGGGAGAACAUAGCCAUUUCCUCCUCUUGUUGACCUCUGGAAGGUGUGCCAUUGCUUGUCUGAACAGCACCCAACCAACCUGAACUUUUCGAACUGCACACAGUUCAGAAAUUCCCAUUUCCUGCAUUUAUUUUUUUGUCUAUCUGGUCUUCAUUCGGAUAACAUGGACAGACUUUGAAUGGAUAAAUGUGGAAUCAUGAGGGUUGCAUAUCUGCAGCGGUUGGAACGUUAAACAUUUAAACAGGAGACAGCUUUUUUGAAACAAGGACAGAUGGUGAAGAUGUGCUUUUUGUGUUAUUGCUCUUGUUUGAUGUAAUUAAUGUUAAGAUAAAUAACUGAAAAGGUGAAUAAAAAGAACAAGACUGUUAGUAGGUAGUGAACUUCGUACACACUAAAAAUUUCCAGUUCAGUUCUGACAAGUGCCUGGUUUAUAACCAUAGAUACAUAGAGCCUUUUAUAUGUUUUUAUCUUUUUGUGUAUAUCUAUCUAUCUAUGGUUUCACCAGGUUUUAAACUACCUGUGAUGUCCGAACUCAGGGUCGGAACAGAAGAGGAUUUUUUUGUUUUUACUUCCGCACCAAGAUGAUAUAGGUCAUGCAAGGACUCAUGUGAACUCUCCUCUCUGCUGUUCCUUCAAACCCACUUGCUCAAAUGAUCUGGACUCUUUCAUUUGAUUUGAAAAUAGUUUUUGUUGUUUGUUUUUUUUACUCCAAAGUAUUUUAUUUUAAUUUUCCUCUCUUUUGUACAACCAAGUGUGUAAGUUGCAUGCAGUGGGACUGGAGUGCUGAACUCCAUAACUCAACACUUGUCAUAAGCAAAAGAAAAAUGCGCUGGCAAAAUUUUGUUCAUAUAUUGUGCAAGAGUCUUCAAGCCCAUCACAAAUGUGACAUUUCAAUUGCACUAGACAGUUGCACCUCAAAUAAAAACAAAAACUGGA